AUGCCUUCUACGUCAUCCAACAUAUCUGAAUCUGCUUCGUCAAACACGAUCGACGUUGUGGUAGUCGGCGCUGGCCUGAGUGGACUCAGAGCAGCUUUGGCUAUCCAAGGGGCCGGGUUCUCUUGUGCGGUAGUCGAAGCCACUGAUCGAGUUGGUGGGAAGACAUUCACACUCCAAUCCAAUAGUUUCGGCCCUGGCGUCAACGACGUCGGCGCUGCUUGGAUCAACGAUACCUCCCAAACAGAGAUGUACAAAUUGGUCCAAAGGUAUGGACUUCAGACGGUCACCCAGUUGGACCGAGGACAUGAUGUUUACUUGCAUGGAGAUGAGGUUGUCGUGUCGCCGCACGGCGGGAUGCCUUUGAAAAAGGAAGAGCAGCUUGCGUUGGGUCAAGUGCUCGAAGCCUGUAACAAACUUAGUGCCAGCAUCAAUUUGAUUGACCCAGCCUCGGGACCAGGUGCGAAAGAGUUGGAUGGUCUUUUACUCCGCGAAUACUGUCUUCAGACAUUUCAAUCCGAGUCAAUCGCAAAUCUUUUCAACAUGAUCAGCUAG